GGGGGAGGAGAGGAAGGUCGCGACGGGAGCGACCCUCUGCGCCUGCUGUAACCCUAACCCUAGUUUUAUUGUUCUUUCUAUCCAUCCUCUCUGGGAUCCGUCGAUCGCUCCGUCGGGAUUCAAUCGGUCCGUCCAAUCGGCCGCCGGCGUUCGCUCUUUCUUAGUCUUCUUCUUUGUUCGUCGUCGUUGAUGACUUCGGUAGCGGGAGAUCGCGUCGUGGUUUCCGGCGAGGGUCGAUGGCCUCGGGCGCGUUGAUCGGCGGAGACGACAAUAGCAACAAAAACAACAACAACACCGUAACCAACAACAACAACAACGGAGGCGGCGGAAACAACGGCAGUAGCAGGCACAGAUGGGGAGAGAGCAAGGUCUACAUGAGGAAAGGCAGCAGCAAGUCGCUCAAGGCCGCGCCCUCCCAGACCCUCACGGAAGAGGCGAACUCUUCCCUCCACGCCGGUAGGUUCGACGCCGCCUCCGACGACUCCUCCAGCCUGAGCCGAAAGCCCGCACCCAUGAACCGUGAGCCCACCCCCAACGGUGUCUCCCGCUCCACCACCACAGGAGGCGGCGGAGCCGGCGGCAGCAGUAGCGGAGGGUUUCUUCGGUCCGAGAACCGGGUCACCAUCAACCUGACGUCGAAGUCGAAGCAGGAGAUGCGGGAGCUCCGCCGGAAGCUCACCUCUGAGCUGGAGCAGGUCCGCAGCUUGUUCAAUCGACUCGAAUCUCGGGAGCUGCAGCUGCGGGGUUACUCUGCUGGUGCAGCUGUUGAUAAUUCUGGCUACAGUCCGCCUCAGGUGUCCGGGAAUGGCGUCAAGAAGACGAACUCGGAGGUGGCAUCCAUCGGCGGGGCGCCCCUGCGUCAGCUGAGCAUUCCAGUUGUCGAGAACAGCCAGGUUGGGAGCGACCUCGUGGAGAAGGAGAAACGGACGCCCAAGGCAAACCAGUAUUACCGGAACUCUGAUUUCGUUCUCGGGAAGGACAAGUUCCCACCACCGGAGAGCAGCAGUAAGAAGGCCAAGGCCAAUGGGAGCGUGGGUUCGAGGCAGCAGGACUACCCGGUUGACAAGGGCACGAGUCAGGCAUUCAAACAUUGCAGCGCAGUUCUUGCCAAAUUGAUGAAGCACAAGCACUCCUGGGUGUUCAAUACACCCGUCGAUGUGAAGGGACUCGGUCUCCAUGAUUAUUACUCCAUUAUCAAGCACCCUAUGGAUCUGGGCACCGUGAAAUCGAGGCUGAACAGCAACUGGUACUCUUCCCCUACAGAAUUUGCAGAGGACGUGAGGUUGACGUUCCGGAACGCCAUGACAUAUAAUCCCAAGGGGCAUGAUGUUCAUUUCAUGGCAGAGCAGCUAUUGAAGAUAUUUGAGGAUCGUUGGCGGAUACUCGAGGCAGAAUUGGUGGACGACAGGUUGAAUUCUAGGUUUGCAGAAGUGGAGCCAGAUGGUGUUUACAGCCAAGUGACGAAAAGGGGGCCUCCUGCUCUUGCUGCUGCUCCUCCUCCUCCCGAGCCAAGGAAGGUACUGGACAGGUCUGAGUCAACCACUGUCCCUUCGGAGCCCAAGUCCAAGCCUGGAAAUGCUCCUAGUGUUAGGACUCCUGCACCAAAGAAGCCUAAGGCGAAGGAUCCCCAUAAACGGGACAUGACAUAUGAAGAAAAGCAGAAAUUAAGUAUGAAUCUUCAGAACUUGCCCUCAGAGAAGCUGGACAAUAUCGUGCAGAUUAUCAAAAAAAGAAAUUCUUCUCUAUGUCAACAUGACGAUGAAAUUGAAGUGGAUAUAGAUAGUGUAGACGCAGAAACCUUGUGGGAGCUUGACAGGUUUGUAACUAACUAUAAGAAAAGUUUGAGCAAGAACCGGAAGAAAGCUGAGCUUGCUAACCAAGCUAGAGCGGUGUCCGAACACAUGCCUGUCGAGAAGGUGCAAGCCCCUCCUGUUCAAGAGACACCAACACUAAAUAGUAGUAGAGGUGUGGUUGCAGAGGAGAAAAAUAUUCCUUCUACGCCAGCUGUUGAAUCUAAGAAACAGGGUGGUGAUGCUAGUAGAUCCAGUAGUUCAAGCAGCUCCAGUAGUGACUCUGGAUCUUCCUCCAGCGAUUCAGACAGUGAAAGUUCCUCUGCUUUUGGUUCAGAUGCAGCACACUCACCUCGGACAUGAUAAAAUCUAUGGGGAUCAGGAACCAAAAGUAUUGCUCUUCAUGGCCUCUCAAAAAAAGCCAGUUAGCCAUUCUUUUGCUGAAGUAUUCCACCUGAAGGACAGACCCUACCGUGUAACAGGAACCAAAAGUAUUGUUCUUCAUGGUCUCUCAAAAAAAGCCAGGUGAAAAGGAUUAGAUAUGGAAUGAUCCACCUACGGCAGCAGGCUUCUACUACAAUUUAUGAGCAGUGGUGGAGCCAGAAAUUUCUGGCUGAGAGGCAUUAUUACUACAUCAAAAACAUUUUAUGGGCAGUCUAUGUGUAAAUAAUGAAGUGGUCAUGAAAUAAGCAAAUUCAUAUGGGCUGGUGAGGGCAAUUGCCGACAUCAGCCCCCAUGUGGCUCGGCCACUGCUUAGGAGUUGCAUGUAUCAUAAUGUUUGUGACGUCUGGCAUAUUUUGUGAAGUUGCCUCCUCUGGCUGUUCCUAUCGCCCUUUUGGUUGAGAUGC